CACCCCAGAAUCCAUACGAAAUAUCAUCGUGUAAUCAACCUUUGAUUACAGAUCGGGAUUUCUCGGUAUUUCCGUCUCCUGAUGAAACAAGAAUAUGAUGCCAAGCAGUGAUUAAGUUCGCAGACGCUUAAUAUAUCCAUUGCGUUCAGCACACGCGACGUUGUUUGCAAGCAGGAAACAGCGGUACCGCUCAAAUCGACUUGGAGGAACUGAACAGAUCUAAUACAAACUAAGGUAACAGCUUUUAACAUUUACAAGAGAUCUUUCAUUUCAAAAUAUCCUUUAGAAAACUCAUCGAUAAAAGUCAACAACCGUAUUUCAAUGAAGGAAACGGUUUCAGAAGGUUAAAUUGCUUUCAUUUAUUUGUCGAUUACAUCCGUCAAUCAGCAAUCUGAAAUCGUCGAAACAAUAAAGAAAGUCUAGCGUACUUCCAGAAGAUCACUCCAUUGUUGCACCGCCAUUUCUUCAUCACACGCAGUGCUAAAUCCUAUCAUCUUCCAAAGUAACUUAGUGAAUUGUGUGAGUCUCAUAGUAAUGGGUCCAAAUAAUACAUCCCCUACACCUCUGACGGGAAUUAUCAUUAUACUUUUACGUGCUUGCUACGAAGCCUUCUAAACCUCACUUUGAGGAAAAAUUCUGUUGUUUUUGAACAAGUAGUCGAGACUAGACAGACAAAUUUUAAUGGACAUCAAAUGCAAAUAUGCCCCGCCAUUCAUGAGAUGGUCUACAGACGACAAGUUCACGCCCUGCGUCACGCCUCCACCAGGACCAGGGAGACUGGAACGCAAUCACGAGAAAAAUGUCAAGAUACUGCACCCGCGAAUAAGAAAUUUGAAACUACGGAAUUCGUUCGUGUGUUGUUAAAAAUAAUAUCCAGGUUGAAAUUAGCUGUGGGUACAUACAGAUAAUUAUGAGUUAAAUAGUUCCGACAAUAAUUUGCCGGAUUUCGACCGCCAGAUUUAGGCCAAAACUUCGGGAGGGGCCGGAUGUUUUAAAAUUUUUAUGAAACAUUAUCCUCUCUUAUUUGAAAUUUUCUUGUUUUCUUACUCUUUAGAGGCAAUUUGUCGUUCAGCAAGGAUCAGCAUGAGACAGCACAUCUUUCUACAAAUUUUCAUUGGCAUUUUUUCCUUAGGCAUUUUCAAUGGUAGGUGUUUUAUCCAAGGGAUGGGUCGUCAUUUAUCCUUUGGGUUUUGAGGCUUUUGGGGAGGAUCACAUGGUUUUUAGUGGGAACGAAGAGGGGAAUCAGUCGACACCCACAGAAUAUUAAAGAGGGAUAUAGACUGCAAAUCAGGAGAUCAUUAGAAUGCAGCAAAGCCUUAAGGGUGAUGACAUGAAUAUUAUUGCAACACGAACAAAAUCCCCUGACACCCCUCCCCCUCCCCCUCCCCCCCCCCCCCCCCCCCCCCCCCUCCCCCCUCCUCCCCUUCCCUCUCCCCUCCCCUCCAGACGCUAAAUAAUAACCGGUUCCGUUGUUAACUUUAUUUCAACUUGGAUCGGAAGAGCAAUACAUGCGCAUUAGUAAUUUCUAACGCUACAGGAAUUAUUUGCCUUACUGUACUAAGAUAGUGCACGCGAACUACACGUGAUAGUACGUCUGGUAUUCACACUUCUAACUGUCUUUCUUUCUCUUCUUCAGCUGGAUGUAAUGCCGCUACUGAUUGCCCAAGUCCUCCCAUAACAUAUGCUUCAGAAGGGGAUGAUAUCACUCUAUGCUGGAAGAUGUUACCGGAAGCAGUUAACGAGAGCGAUAGCUUUCUUAAACGUAUUACUGUGUUUGCCUUGAAAAGGCCGGCCGAACUGGUCAUUGAGAAAAUCGCAUCGGCAAAUAAGACUGGACAAUUUUUGAGGGUGUACGAUGCAAGUCAUAAUGGUUUGUACAAAAACAAAGCAACUGUCUUCGCCGAUUUACCAACCGGAAUGUUUUAUCUCAAGAUAACAGACUACAAUGACAACAUGGACAAUGUGUAUUGUCCCUUUUACGAGAUGUCUGGCAUUAAUGACAUUCCCUCGUGUCAUACUCAAGCGUUGUUACUGCGAAAUGUCGGUGAGUAACUUAAGGGUGGGUUCCUUGGUGUAAGAUAUUUGUAUCAAGCAAGAGAUUAUAAAAUGAGAGAAAUUAUCCCCCCUACAAACCCCUCUUCCAAAGAUUUUUUCUAAAUAUAUUUUUAGUGUGCGUUCCUGCGAUGCGACUGAAAACAACAACUGAUUGGCUAGUGUUUCUGUGGUGAAAUUUGAUGAGUGAUGUUUGGCGACCUGGGGCGGCCUGGGGCGGCCUGGGCGGCCUGGGCGGCAUGUGGUUUGUGGUUUAUAAUCUCUUGUGUUUACCCUUUAACUCCCAAGAUCUCAUUAGCAAUUCUCCUUACCGUCUCCAUACACUUCUUGUGAUGGAAGUUUAAAAAAAUUGGUAUUCGAUCGACUUAUAAUCCCCUAACUGAUAUUUUUCUUUUUUCUCAUCCCUUGUCUGCUUGAUACUGUAAUGAUAUUGUAAGGAGAAAUUCUGUCUUGGUCACUCGUGGGAGUUAAAGGGUUAAGAUAUCAAAUUUGAUGGUUCAAGUUUGUGACUCCAAAAGGCUCUAUAGAUGACCCCUGAUCAUUACAGAGUCCUUCGUCACAACAUAAGUUCAGUUAUAGAGUUUUUACUAAAGGCAAGAUCAUGAGGGGGGGGGGGGCCUUCUUAUUGCCACGCUCGAUAUAAAAUAAUACCAUACCGCCAUCAAAAUAAAAAAGGUCUGCAAGAACAGAUGAAUGAGUAAAUAUAAAUUCUUGAGGUGAGAACCAAGAAGCUAAGCCAUCCAUGAGGCUGCUAGGAGAGUACGUCUCAAUGAGGCUAUGAGGAGGGUCUCAAGGAUGUCAACUGUUGGCCGUAAAGCCGCAAAAAAAAAUAGCCGUUAGGUGCAGAAAUUGAUAAAUUUUUAACUUUUCGUCGUGAAGAAAUUAAAGUUAACCGUGAAAUUUUUCUUUUAGCUGCAGCUGAAAGAAAUUAACUGUUAGCCGUAAGAUGGCCAAAGUUUUUACCGUUCGCUGUAAAAGCCAUCACCAUCUGUCAGAGAAUAACUGGUAUACUGGUAUGGUCUUAAAGCCUGUGUAACAGAUUCUCUUCACUGACUGUUGUCCAUUUGUCUUUUGUUAGCUCUAAAACCUGCAGAGAACUCCGUGACAGUGGAAGGUAGGUGUUAUGAAAUAAUCGUUUCUGCCCCAUUGCCAGGCUCUCUCCUCUUCACCUCUAAUCCCCCCCCCCCAACCCUCCACCCCUUCUCUGGUUCAAGGGAGGGGGAAGACGGUAGACCCUUGUAACAUCGCAAUCACCAAACACGUUAUUAUGGAGAAAUUGUUGAUAAUUCAUUGAAAAUCGAUGGUAGUUUUUUUUUUAAUGUUUCCUUCGUCCAUUGGCUAUCGGUUUCCAAAAUGUAUCCGUAUGCACCACCUGAGUUCUCACAUUGGGGAAACCGAGGAUGAAGCAAUGCGGAGGGAGGGGGGGUUUGGCUUUAGUGCACGUGUUCCCAUAUUUUCCAACAGAAAGUGGUGAUUGAUGACAAGAGAAUGUAAUUAUUCUCUUGUUGAUGCACAACCUGGUUGACCAUCACGUACCUUACAAAAAGGUCUUAAUGUGGUUAACCCUCAACCGUCAGAGGACCAAAAAAUUCACCAUGAACCCUCAAAGAUGCAGUCGCAUCUCUCAAUUAUUCUUUAUUUCUAACUAAAAUGGCGUCUGUGUAUAGCUAAGAAACGGGCGAUGCUGUGUCUAAUUUUUGGAUGGGCAAAGUUUAAGCGCUAGAAAUUUCCGCUAUACUUAAAUAGAAGAAAUGGUUAUUUGAUUAUUCGCGAAAUUGUAUCCUCACGGCAACCGCCUGGACACAUCGGUAAUAUACGUUUAUUUCCCUUCCAGGACGAUUGUCAACAAGCGUCAAGAAUACUCCUUCUGGUUUGAUAAUGAGCUGUUUGCUUGCGAUUGCUGCCAUUACUACCGCUGUUUUGUAACUUCAGAAAGCAAAAAGAUUUUAAAAAAUCUCUUUCAGAACCUGCAAUGUUACCCAUUUACCUUACCUUUUUCAUUUAUGUAUAGAUCAGUAUCAUGAUUGUAUUUACCCGAUUACUGCGCUUUUUAAUGACAUAUAAACUCUUAGGCACAAACUUUAUCAUAACAGUAUCGAGCUAAAAAUUAUCGUUAAACAUAUAUAGAAGAGCAGGAACAGCAGUAAAAACGGAGGAAGCUCUCUGAAACAUUGCUCUGGCCUGCACUUGCUGGAAAUUAAUAGUGCGUGUUAUUGGAGAGUGUAGUUAGGACGUCGCACCUGCUUUGUCUAACAGUAAUGAUACAACAAUG